AUGGCGACGAAGAGGGAUGCGACCGAGGCGUUGAGGGCGAACGCGCUCUGGGCGAGCGAUUCGCCCGAUGACUGGCGCGCCGCGCUCGACGCCUACGCGCAGCGCCGCGACGCGCUCAACCACGAGAAGCUGACGCGACUCGAUCCCUGGUUCUUCGAUCGGUUGACCGUCGACGUCCGCGCGAGAAAGCCGCCGUGCAUGACCGCGGAGGAGCUCGUGAACAUGGUCGACUGGAAGAUGUCGCGCGGCAAGGUUCGCCCGAACCUGCUCAACUACGCCAAGGCGCACUCCGAGGCGACGGUCAAGGACGCCACGCGCGAUGCCAUAGCCCGGCUCAGAUCCGCUUCAAGGACGGAGGACAUCCCGAAGGCGCUCGAGCCGGUGGUGAAGCUCAAAGGGGUCGGACCGGCGACGGCGUCCGCGGUGCUGGCGUGCGCCGACGAUUCCGUGCCGUUCAUGUGCGACGACCUCAUCGCGGUGGCCUUGGGGAACCUGCCCAGCUCGGUUCGAUACAGCGAAUCGUCAUUCGUCGAGCUGUGCGACGUCGCGAGGCGGAAGGGACGAAAGGUGGGGCUGACCGCGAGCGAGGUGGAGCGGGCGAUCUUCUCGGCGGCGUGCCUGGACAAGAAGCCGAAGGCGGCGACGGCGGGCGCGAACAAGAGGAAGCGGUAG